AUGGUAGCUUCGCAGGGUGUUCCUCGCCACUUCCAGGUUUCCAAAUUUCUGGAGAUUCUGAAAACCUCCCAAUUCGCAUGGUUUGUGGGCCAUGUGGUGGUUUUGACGUGCGCUUUGCUCUAUUUCCUCACUUUCCGCGGCGGUGCUUCAGGAUUGCACAACACGCUCUACCGUGUUUUAUACCUGGGUGUUAUUGAAUCCUUUGGUAUCAUCAUCUAUCAACAGCACUUUAGACAUCGUUCUGGUGCGAAUGGUACAGCUGGAGCUGCUGGCCCUUCUCCCACCAUCUUGCAACUGUUGUUGCGGGACGAUAACUCUAUGUACGUGGCCAUUGCGGUGAUGUGGUUCUUGACGCCCAGACUGACGGUGACCAUGGUUCCGUAUGUGGUGUUUUCGUUUUUCCAUUUCCUCACAUAUGUGAAGUCGGUCUUGUUACCUCAAGUCUUCGAUAUUGGGCCCGACUCGAGAAUUUCGGCUGCUAUUGACAAGUUCAUCCGCGAGAACAAUGACCGCUCCAUGGUGUGGUCAAGUUUCAGCGAGCUCGUGUGCGUUUUGGUUGUGCUAAUCCGUGCUUUGCUGUGGUUCCCAAGAUCCUGGAUUGUUGCCUUCGUCUUCAGCAUUUUCAUCAAAAUACGCUACGAAACGUCCCCCUACACACGCAGCGGGAUCAAGCGUUGGGAAGUCCGUCUCGAUGGCCUGAUGAGCCAUCCGGGCAUACCAGCCACCGUCAAGAAUGCCUACGUUCAUUUCAAGAACAACGUUCGGGAGCUACGAAAGUACAAUUUGUCUGGCACCCCACCUGCCAAGCACAUGUAA